CCCAAACUUUUCAGAUAAAGCCCCCUGAACCAUGUCCCUCCCCAAAUCCCUCUUCACCCUCCUCUCUCACCACUUCUCCACUGCCGCCAAAACCACCACAAACCUCCCAAAAGUCCCCAAUGUCCCCACCAAGUACAAGUCCGAAGCCAUCAACCAAGCCCAGAAAGUCCUCACUGACUACCUCCACACCACCAGGUCCCUACCCUACACCUACGCCGAGCACAUCAGCAAGAACGCCCUCUUCUCCCUCUCCAAUCUCGUCAAGAAGGUCCCCUACUCCGUCCCCAACUUCCCCAGAAGCUUCCAGAGGUUCCUCAGGUACCACCCCAUCAACGAAUUUGAGUUUUUCUUUGAAAGCAUUGGCAUAGACUACCCCCAAGUCUGUGAGUUUUUACCCACCAAUAAGUUUUUCUUUUCGGAAGACGAGACUGUUUUGGAUGCUGCUUGUGUGCUUAGCGGUUUCGGGUUUCCGUGGAAAAUGUUGGGGAAGUUGUAUAGGGAGGAGCAUUGUAUUUUUAGAGAGAGUUCAGAGGAGUUGAAAGCUAGGCUUUGUGGGUUUAAGGAGUAUGGGUGGAGUAAUCUUUCGGUUGUGGGGAUGUGCUUGGCUUUCCCUCGGUUGUUGCGCGUCGGCGGGGAAUUGGGUGGUGAGGUUGUCGCAUUGUUGGAUGAUUUGAAGAGGGUUUUUGUGGAGUUUGAUAUUGGAAAUUGUGUCGAGGGAAAUGUGGAUACUUGGUAUGAGGUUUGUAGGAUGGUGAGGGUGUUUUAUGAUUUGGGUAUCGAAAAAGGGAAGGUUGGGGAGUUGUUGGGUGGGAAGAAAGAUAUUUUUCUUCAACACCCGGAAGAGGUGUUGGUUCGGAAAGCUAACUACUUCUGUAGAUUAGGUGUUAGGAAGGAGGAUGUAGGUUUAUUGCUUCUUCAAAGACCGGAAGUUUUGAAUCUUGAACUGGAAAAAACGGUGAUAUCAACUUUGGGAUUGUUGAAACAUUUAGGAUUGAAUGAGAAUGAAUUGAAGGAAGUGAGUCAAAAAUAUCCUUAUGCAAUGGGAAGAAAUAAAAUGGUCAACGUACCUCAUUUGAUGAGGGCUUUGGAUCUUCAUGAGUGGUUCUUCACUAGGAUUAAGAAUGAACAUCAAUUGUUAGCUAAUUAUGUACUCAGUGAUUCUGAUGAAGAACACAUGAAGAAAGAAUUUAGUAAUGGAUUGGAGCAGUUCCAAUCUUGUAAAACUCCUCUUCAUGCAAUGAAGAAAUUGAAUUUCAUGCAUGGCAUCGGCUUUGGAGAGAACCCUUUGACUCUGAAGGUCUUGGCCCGCAUACAUGGCAGAAGCAGUGAGUUACAAAAGCGGUUUGAUAUCCUUCUUAAUGCAGGGCUUGAAUUCUCACAGCUUUGUUUGAUUAUAAGCACAGCACCAAAAAUCCUGAAUCAGAACCCAGAAUAUCUUGAAGAGAAAGUAAACUUUCUCUGUGGUGAAAUGAAAUCCUCGUUGGAGUACCUCAAUGUUUUUCCAGCAUUUUUGUGUUUUGAUUUGGAGAACCGGAUUAAGCCUAGAUACAGAUUUUAUGCAUGGCUUAAAGAGAAGGGUUUGCAUCCUGAAAGUUAUUCCUUUGCAACCAUGAUUGCUACCAGUGAAAAGAGAUUUGUAGCACAGGCCUUUACAAUCCACCCAGCUGCUCCAAAACAUUGGUUUGAGUGUUUCCUCAUAUAGAAUUUUCAUUGAGGUUUGCUUGGAUACAUUGCUUGUAGUAAAGAUAACCUAUGUAUUACAUGAUUGUUACCUUUGGAUUUGGAAUUCCAGAAUGGUAAUAAUGACGAUAUCAUCAGGAUUCUGCCAAGAGCCCAAGAGUUUAACCUACUGUAAUUGGCCCAUCGUCAGAGUCUCAGAGACUUGUAGUUUUUCAUCUGAUCUUCAUAUGACGGUAGCAUCACUCGGUUUCAGGUUCUCAGCCACAGUGAUCAUGGUUGAUUUUGUUAUUAUCGUAAUCCUUCAAUGCUUACAAGUUACAACCUUAAUGUAAAGCAAGUGAACUGAUAUUGACCCACAUCACUGAAAGUAAGUUCUGAUUUGAGCUUUGUAUACAAAUUAUUAUAGCAAACUGAUUCUUGAUACUGGUUUUUCUAUCUACAAAUCAUCUCUCUUUGCAUACGUAUGUAUUUCAUGGUUUGUUAUCAAGAACAAUGUUCUGCAACCUCGAUUUAGUCCUUGCUUCAAGUCAACGAGAGGUAGGUGCAUAUAUGCAAACCCUGUCUUCAAGCGCCAACCAAAUGUUAUUCAAUUCAGUGUGACACUUGAAAGUGAUUGCAUAUCAUUGUAGAGAAGUAUCGUUUGUUCUGCAGCAUAUGACUCCAGUGUUGUAUUACUGCUGACAGCAUAUGCAGACUUCUUUAUUCAUUCCAAGAAGUUGCAAAAGGGUUUUUAUUGUUAUGUUUUCGAUUCUCAUGUUUUGAAUUUGGUAUAUUUUGUUUGCAAUGUCUUCUCAGCACCAGCCACCCCACCAGUUGAAGGGUGAUUGGGUGAAGCUUUUCUUGAACACCUUUCUGUCAUUAUAACUGGAACAGGGCUACUCUUGUUGAGAUCAGCCUCCAUGCGAGUGGUUCAUGCGAGCCCCAGAUGUAAACAGAAGCAUGUUCUUGUAUUGUCUAAGCUUAUGGCUGUCAUGAUCAAGUGUCUUCUCAGCACCAGCCACCAGUUAAUGACAAUAGAGGACCUAUUCUGAAUGGGAAAUUUAGUCCAUUGCAGUGUGGGGAGGCCUUCCUGUUGUCAGAACCUUGAAACCGGUCUGCAUUUCAUGCUGGACCAGGUUUCAAAGAGCUCCGUUACUUGAUUUCCAAGUUGUUUACACGGAAGUUGGAACUUGGGAGCUUUCAAGUACCAGUCUAUCAUUAAAUUAACAAAGCUUCUCAUUAGGUUUUUGAGGAUGCUGUGACAUAGUUGUAUCCUCCAAUGGCUAGCAGGCUUCCUCCAAUAUCACUGACUGGUUAAUUUUCCUAUUGAAAUAACUAGUGUGUUUAUUUUUAUGGUCAAUCAUUUAUUGCCAAUGUUCUCGACUCUUAUUCAGGAAAAGCGGACUAGUUCUCUAUAUAAAAAAGGCUUCCACUAUUGGAAGGUCUAAUCUUGGACAUUCCGCUUGAACUCG